AUGCCGACCAGAAUCAGGAAGUCACGCAAGCGCCGCGGCCACCGCCAGAUGGGUUACGGUAGAGUCGGCGGACACAGAAAGCACCCCAGCGGCCGAGGGAAGGCCGGCGGUCUGCAGCACAAGCGCACGAGCUUCGACAAGUACCAUCCCGGUUACUUCGGGAAGCUUGGCAUGAGGAACUACCAUGUCCGUAGGAACAUAGAAUACAACCCCACAAUUAAUAUCGACAAGAUUUGGUCCCUAAUUCCUGAGGAGCAGCGCGACGGGUUCCUGCAGCGCAAAUCGACAACAGAGGCGCCGGUCGUCGACGUGACCCGCUUCGGCUUCUUCAAGGUGCUCGGCCGCGGGUCUCUUCCUCAGUGCCCGAUAAUUAUCAAGGCGAGGUACUUCAGCUCCGACGCCGAGAAGAAGCUCCGCGAGGUCGGCGGCGUCCCGCUUCUGGUGCCCUAG